CACUGUGAUUUUUUAGCGUCUGGAUACAAGAAUGAGGAAAAUAACAUUUGGAAACUGAGAAGCAGGGUGGUCUCUGUUUCAUUGAGAUAUUUACGUUUUCAUUGAAAUCCAGUCUAUUCUUUGCAUUUUAUUGACCAUAAACGUUGUAGCUGAAAUAGCAGUCGUUAAGUUUGCGUUUAUUUUAGAGUCACAGAGCUGGAACUUUCUGAAGAUGUCUAAAUUCAGCUUCAGGAGAAAGGACAAAAUGGCAUUUAAGCACAUAGCUCAUGGCUUGAUCCCUGCCGCCACCAUUGCUCCCAGACCCGCUGUUCCCCGCACCCCUCCCCCUCGCAGCCCAUACCCCUCUCCAGAGAGACCCAGGUCUGCCUUGGCAGCAGCCAUCCUGUCCUCUUCCCUAACUGGCCGCACGGUGGCUAUUCCUCCAGCACGACAGCGCUCUCUGUCAGCGAGUGACUGCUCUCACUCAGCCAGCCGGCUGGAGAUGGAGCCCUACACCAGCACCGCUGAGUACACCAGGGACAGAUGGCAUCGAUCUGUGGCAGGCAGGCCCCGUUUGCCCUCCCCCGAGCAUUCUGACCCAUGUGAUGAGGAUGGUGAUGACAGUGAUGAUGAAGAUGAGGAAGGGGUAAAGGGAGGAUUGCUUUCGGAUCUGGACGAGGACCACAUUUACCAGUCUCUGGAGAGGCAAGGUGCUGCUCUGGUCACAAACGACAUCUAUGCUGUGCCACAUAAACAGGCUGGCUGCCAGUCAGAGACCGGCGGUGUGACAGACAGCUCUGUGGCUGAAGAAGUGUCUGCUGUACACACAAGGGGCAAAACUGCAGCGCAGGAACAGACAUUUAAAAAGGCUUCAUCUCCAGUGGAGCCUGUGACUGAGAAGACAAUGCAGUCUCCAGACCUGAGUGAUGACAUGAGCUCAGACUCUCCCAGAGGGAACGCAGGAUCCUCCCUGAGGAAAGGACCUUCACAGAGGAUGGUUGCAAGAGCCAGCCACUCGGAGGCUGAUGAGGCCCACAAGGAGUUGCUGGAGGCGCAGAUGCAGCUGGUCAGGGCCCUGAAGGAGCAGAAUCAGGUGCUGGCACAGAGGUGCGAGGAGCAGGGCCAGCUGCUGCAGCAAGCUCACGAGCACCAGCGGCACCUGGAAAAACGGCUAGAGCAGAACCAAGCCUGGCUGCUGGCCAUAAGAGACAAAGGUUCCACUGCAGGUGAACAGGUGCAACUGUGCACCCUCAGACAGCAGAACCAGCAGCUGGUGGAUGAAAACGAUGGUCUGAAAAUGACUGUCCACCGCCUCAACGCUGAACUCAGCAGGUACCAGGCCAAGUUCCGGCCACUGUCCAAGGAAGAGAGCUCAAGUAUCAGUGCCAUGCCAAAGAAAGGACCAGCCCCUCCUUGGCUGGGCACUUCAGAGAGGAAAAAGCUGGACAUGAAAUGCUUAUCGCCGCUGUUGCUGGCAUACGAAGACCAGCUGAAUGAAAAGGAUUCACUUCUGCAGAGCUAUGUGGAGGAGACGCGCAGGUUUAGGGAGCGGGUGGAGGAGGUGGUGCAGGAGAACGACAGCCUUCACCAGCAGCUGAGCAAAGCUGGCGGCGCCUGCCAGAAAAACUGGCGCCAACUGCAGGAUCAGGCCAAGCUGGUUCUGAAGGAGAACCAACUGCUGAUGCAGCAGCUGGAGGUGCAGCAGACCAAAGCCAAGGAGAGCCACAAUCGGCACCAGCAGGAAGUAUCCAAAGUGACCAAGGAGGUGAUGCUGCUGGAGGCAGAGAAACAGAGCUUGCAGGAGGAGCUGGAGAAGGCAUGUUCAGAGCUGCAGCUUCUUCAGACACAGCACCGGAAAAACUUGUCCGCACUGGAGUGUGCAGUGAGUCGGGAGGAACACGCUGCCCUGGUCAGCAAGCUCCAUCGACAGCUGGAACAAGAGGAAGAGAAGAGGAGUAGCAAACUGGAGGAGCUCACAAGCAGAGUGGCUUCCCUCCAGGAAGAGAAGAGGACACUGCUGCUUGAGAAGAGCAGCCUGUCAGCUGAGAUGAAGAACAUGGAAACGGAACUGGAAGCACUGCGCCAAGCUAACAGGAAAUCUCAGAAGAAGAUCUGUUUGCUGAAGGUGCAGGUGGAGGACUCCAUGGAUCGGGAGAUGACGGCCCACCAGUACCUCACCAGCAUCGUGGCCGCAGCUGAGAAGACCAAGCACGAGAGAGACCAGCUUGUGCACAUGGCCUCCAUAUUGGAGCAAGACAAGCAGGGAGUGCUGACCAGGGUCAUCGAGGGCACCAUGCGUCUGGGAAAACUCCAGGAAAAGGUCAAGGUGUACAAACGGCAGGCGGCCGCCAGCCUGGGCGUCAUGGGCCACCGGCUGCAGGAGCAGGAGGACGACUUUGCAGGGAGGGCCGCCUCCUACCGGGGAGAGAUCCGACACCUCCAGCAGCUACUGCGAGACAAGCAGGAAGCUCUGGACGAAGUGCUGCAACAAAAAAGGGAAAUGGAAGGUGAGCUGGAGACUGUUUGGGAAGCCACAUCCAAGGAGAACCAACGCAUCAAAGAGGCUCUGUUCCGGUCACUGUCCUGGGCCGAGCGGUUGCCCACCCCUGCUGAAGCUACGGUGCUGGACUUCACGGAGGGGCUGAUCCCAGGCCGGCCUUCCCAGAGUACGGUCCUACCUCUCGCUGUUUCAGGUCAAGGCAGGGCCAAAACCCUGCUUCAACGCAGCCCUAUGUUUGAGUCUGACUCAGACCAUCCACACAACCAUUCGUCUGAUGAAGGAGAGAAGAACUGCCUGGAUUUCUACUCAUAAACUUUCUUUUGCACUAGAUUCCAGUUCCUUUUGCAGAGCACAACUCCAGACUUUUCAGGGGAGUGGCAAGACAGCAGCUACAGCAACAUCAUACUUUAUAUGGCAUGCCUUAAGUGCAUUAUUACCUGCAGUACCAUCACAAAUGCUAAGCUUUCCUUUUAUUCUAGUUGAAGACUAUUUUCCAAAUUGGAGUUUCAAGUGAGGUGAUUAAAAAGGAUUAUGACAGAGGGGUAGCUGUCCCUCACUGGUCACUCGGUAGACAGACGAAGUGAAGACAAGCUUGUCCCUAUAAAUAUCAAAGUGUCUGAGAAAACCAAGGACAUUUCACACCUCCAUUCAUUCCUCAGGUGCAUGAUUUUAUCCAAAAAGACUCAGGCAGAGAACAGCCAAAGUUUUCUGCCUCAGAAAACAAGAAUGAUUGUUUUGUGCAGGACUGGAUCAAAACGCACAAUGAUGCAAGAAGCACAAUGACAGAAAGCACGUGAAGUAAUAAGUGCCACAAACAUAUUUACAAAAGCCAUGACUAAGCAAGGGAGGAGAACCCGAAGACAUUGCAAUGGAGAACCAGUUUAUCAUUUUAUAUUUCACUGCAAAUGAACAGUAUCGGGCUUUUAAUUACUCACUGCUACAUUUCAAGUUUAUUGGUUAUCUUUUGAGUACACACAGAUUACCUCACUCUCAUUGGUCCACCCCACCCAGUUUUUGAGGAAUUUUGAAUUAGUAAUUAAUCCUCAUUGUGUUUCCCCCGUCAACACUCAUCACAGCUCAGCAGAGGUGAAGAGAAGCACACACCUUUUACACUGUGGGCGCUGGCAGUCAUCCUGCAGGCUUCAUCAAACGGAAUAAAGUGCCGCGAGAGGAAUGCUUAGGUGUUGCUGUAGAGUUUGGUCACUGGUUCUGUCAGAUUAGCACGGAAGCAGAGAUCCUACCAUCCAACCCCUCUUCUGACCACUUAUUCUGCUCAGCUGCUGCUGUUUCAGGUUGUUGAGUUCCAAUCCCCUCUCUGUGUUCCCAUCCCAUGAGGCACAAGGAGUUGUUCGUGGUCAAAAUGCGAAGAUGCAAUCCAUUGGCCUGGAGCAGAGCCCAGGAGCUGUCAAGAGUCAGCCUUGGAGCACUGCUGCCUCACCAUUCCCUGAGGCCUGGAGAAAUUCGGGAGGAACGGCUUGACGACAGGCCAGGAGUUUCAGAUCAUCGUUUCCUUGAUCUAAGGCAGCGAUUUAUCCUCCAAUCGGCUGCUUCUUAGUGAACGUAAAUAGAUUGGAUGAGAGCAUUUACUUCAGGUUGGUGCCUAAAGAUAAUCCUAGGUCUGAGCCAGCAGCUUCCCCAGUACUGGGAAAGUUGAUGCUUCACAGACAGGCAUAUGUUAUGUUUUCAGCAGAGAUCUCUCCCUCUGGAGAGAUGCAUGCUUCAAAGUGCACACACAUCUAGGUAGUCUUACACAAAGUACCUGGCUCCUCACCUUCCCCCCUGCCUCAUGUUACCUGUGGAUUCUGCGCGAAGCAUUCUGGGAGAAAAACAGACUGCAUAUGCAUGUGUGCAUAUUCACAUGAAACAGCCAAGCUGCAGGCUGCUGUGUGAGAUUUCAGUGCUACAGCCCCAGCUCGUCCUAUCAUUCUAAAUAAAUAUUCACCCCCGGCAAGGUUAAUGUUACGCUCAUUUACGUUACUCUAUCUCUUUGUCCUGUUUGAGGAUCUGAUUCCUGCUAUCUUCCAUUUCCUCUACCCUCCUAGAAACCCAAACGGGAUCCUUACUGCAGAUUUAGGGUAGCGCACUUGGGGUUACUGUUCUCUGAUGUUCAGGUCGGAUCCUGCCGUCCUGGAUCAGAGUGUGCCGUUUGACACGGCCCGCUGCUGGGGGGUACCCAGUGUGGCAUUCAGCAAAGUGCAGUGCCACGUGAGGUGAGAGGCUCACUGCGACAAGCUCUAUCUCCUGCACAGAACAUACCACACAGAGGGUAUUGCCACCAAAAUCUCUGUUAAGAGCACUGAUCUCGUCCUUGCAAGCAGCUUUCUCUCUGCUAAAGAUCUGCCAUCUUUCCUGCAUUAUACAGCUACUGAUAACAAAAUGUGCAUUGGCAAGUAGGACUGAUUAUGAAACCCGCAGGGGUUAAAUACAGAUAGCAGAGCCCCCUGUGGUGACAUAAUGACUGAGAAAAGGGUAAAGCGGAAAUAUCUAAAAUAACAGAGGCGGCCCUCAACAGCCCCCUGCCGCUCUGCCACCUCACCCGCUCAUGGGCACCCAUACUUACAGAUGCCCGAGGUCCUAUUUUAAAGAGUAGAGAUUCUUCAUUGGCCGCCGAGCUUUGAUACGGCGUGGGGGGGUUCGCUGAAGUAGUACCUUUGUAUUGAUUCAGGGUAUUGCUUUCAUGGAUAGUAUUCCCUGUGGAUCCUCAAUAUUAUAUAAUUAUAAAUAUAGUUUGUCUCCGAGUUCCACCACUGCAAGUUGAUGUCGCCCAGUCCGCCAUCUCUAAGCUCCUAAGUAGUAGUUUUCAUGUUUUGCUUUCUUACACAUUUUGUUUUUUAACAUUUAAAAAUGGAUAUACAGUAAGACAUACAGUACAGAAAACAUUU